GUACAGUAUUUCCUGCAAAUUUCCUCGCGGUUUUAUAAACAAAAUAUUAUUUGGAUUGUUUAAUAAUAAUUUGUAAAACCUAAUCAAUUGAUUUGUCAACAAGAAGUUAAAAGUUUUCUUUAAUUAAUUGGUGUUCAAAUGGCGUGUAAAGUCUUUUGGGUACUGUUUGCUGUAGUUGCGCUCAGCAGCGCGGUAGCAUCAACAAAACUGAAUUAUCCUCGUGUGCUUCUGCCAAUUUUUAACAAAAUAUCCGUAAAUUUUACAUUGGAAGUGAUUGAAAAAGGAUGUUUUAAAUGGUCGUCAUCACGGCAAGAUUUAAUACUUAUUACUCCCCUGUAUGAAGAUGUAGAAAGUGAAUGCUCCCAUCGUGCCACAGUGACAGUGUUAACUCGGGAGCGUCGACACAAUGCAGCUAUUGUCUUGGCAGAGGAUCUUGCCACUGGCGAAUUGUUGCGCUGUGAUGUCAUACUUGACGUUAUCGACAAAUUGGGAGUGCGUACAACAACGCGACAACUGUUUCUUGAAGAAGCACCUGAGACAUUUGAGUUGCGUGCGGAAGACUCUCAGGGCAAUGAGUUUACAACUUUGGAAGGCAUUGAAUUUAGUUGGGUAAUCUCUUCUUUGGGCGGACGUAGUGGUAAUAAAAAUUUUGCACCAGCUCUAAGGUUUCUAACUUUUGGUGAGAGCCCUUAUCAUGUGGUGCCACCGGCAUUGGAAAAAUUCGAGGCACAACGCAUGAAAGGUUAUAUGGUGUUGCUGGAAGGCAUCAACACAGGCACUGCUAAGGUUACCAUAAGCAUACCUUACCCUGAGUACAGUCACGUGCCAAAAAUGGAAGUCUAUAUUAAUGUGCUGGCUAAUAUUAUACUCGAACCGUCGGAUGUGCAUCUACUCCCGGGUGAUAAAAUCAAUUUCCGCAUACUACAAUUGAAAAUGGGCAAGCUUGAGGAGAUUUCAUUGAAUGAUCAAUAUUUUUUGGAGAUCGAAAAUAAUAAUGUGGCUACAAUAAAAGGCGUCAGCGCUACUGCAUUAAAGCUUGGUACAACAACAGUGGUGUUGCGUGAUCGCAAUGCGCCAAUUGACGAGGAGAACAGUAAUCUGGAUAGUGCGAUCGUAAAAGCUUCAACGCCUAGUGCACGAGUGACAGUCGCUGAGCCUGUGCGUUUGGCGCUUAGCCUAUUGCCACACAAUAAUUGGAUAACGGUAGAGGGAGAGAAGCAUGAAAUAGCGCUGGACUUAUACACACGUGAUGACAAAAAGAUUACGCUGGGUUCACAAUUUGCCAUGCAAUCGGAAUUCGAUGAAGUGCUCUUCUAUAUAAUUAAAAAAAAUCACAAUGGUAGUCGUAUUUACGGUGAAGCUAUACGUCAGGGCAAUUCACCGGUGUAUGGUAACUUCAAAGAGCUGACUGCUCAAGCUGAGUUGCAGAUAUUUAGUGAACUUCGGCUUUCACCUAGUAAAGUCGUGCUGCCCUACGAUCCUAAUGUGUCGAAAGUGCAAAAAAUACAGUUCCAUGCACGUGGCGGUGACGGAUCCUACAUUUGGCAUUCACAAAAUCAACGUAGUCUGCAUAUCUCACCGACCGGUCUUGCCACCACCGUUAUACGUCACACAGACGGUAAACGUCCGCAAGCGGAAACACUAGACGAAGGCACUAUACUCGCCACACAUGCCAGCAUCAGGGUGGCGUUGUCGAAGAAUCCAAAAAUAACACGUCAGGCGGAUGUGUAUUUUGUGCCACCAGUGAAAUUGGAAAUCAUAAAAUAUAAUUUUGAAACUGCGCUAAAGGAUUAUGUGCGUCUGCACGUGGCCAUGUAUGCGAAUGUGAACCAAACGCUUGUGCCCUACACACGUUGCGAAAAUCUCGUCUUCGACUUUGAGUUCUCCAAUCAGAUCUUCCAAGUGGAUUAUCAAGAGCAGACCACACAAAUGAUCAAUAACGCUUGUCAAGUUGUGCAUCUCCGCAGUACUGCUGUUGGCAUUACUAGCCUGCGCGUAUCUUAUAGAUUCCAAGAACGCGUGCUCAAAGACGAAGUGACAUUAAGUGUGUUCGAACCACUUUCAAUACUAAAUCCAAGUACAAAUGAAGUGGUGUUGCCGAUCGGUGCGUCGCGUAACGUAAUCUAUGCGAACGGUCCACAAAAAAUGUUUACCUUGGAAAGUGAAUUAACCAAAUCGGUGGAAUACGAUAGUCAAGUGGCUAAGAUCAGUGAAAUGAAUUUCGAAACACAAGAACCGCUGCAUAUCUUCAAUGUGAUGUGUCUGAAAAUUGGCAAAACUACACUGAGCUUCAAUAUACACAAUGCGCUGGCCAACUCGAAUUUCCAACCGUACAUCUCAAACUUUGUCACCACCGUACACUGUGUGAAGCCACGGUUUCUCAAUCUCUAUGCCACCGAGAAGUUGCGCACUUCGUGUCCCAUGGAGGUGAAAAACUCAUUGCUGCACAUAAAAGAACACGAUGAUAAGUUCGAAAUCGAAAUUGAGGUACAGGACGCGAAAAAUCGCAAACUGAUGAAUAUCUCUUCGUUGUUUAUUGACUGGGAGUUCUCCGCUGGUGAUGAACGCUACCAAAAGGACUCGAUCAUGCAUUAUCGCCGUACAGAAGAAGAGCUUUAUGAGGGUGUGCGUUUGCCAGCGCGUGAUGUGCUCAUCACCACUAUUGCAGAUGUGGCACAGAAUUUCCGUAUUAAGGGCAUAGUUACGCGUUAUGAUGCGACAGUCUUGAAGAAACAUAACGUCUAUCCGGAAGAACCAAAUUUCGCCGUGAAGAAUUCCAAGACAGACGAAUUGUAUACCCCUGUUAUAGAGAAUGAAAUACGCUUUAUGGCUGUGAAUAGCACACUUUUCCCCAGCGAUCAUGUCAGCAUCUUCAUGGCCAAGAAUCGUCGUGAACGCAUACCAAUUACUCAGGGCAGUGGUUUCUAUGAUUUUGAAUUGUAUGACCAAAAUGUUGUAAGCGUGGAAUAUGAUGCGAAGGAGAAGGAGUUGGUAAUUACGCCAUUGCGUGUGGGACAUGCCCGUCUCGAGGUUAUCGAUCGUUGCCUAAUGACUGAGCCGGCCCAUCUUUCAAUAUCGGUUGUUACAAUCGGCUCUAUCCGCGUCGAGGCACCCGAUCGUGUUGAGCGCACAAAAUCCAUCGAAGCCAUCGUUAAGCUAUACGAUUCCAAUGACAAUUUGUUGCAAAUCGACCCCUUCAACUUGCAUAUGUACGAAUUGUCCGAGGAGAUAUUUAAUGCGGACAUACUCAGUGUCAACUUGGGCGAGCAACACGAACUGCAGACAGGCGAAGUGAAGUACAUUAUAACGGGCAAUAAUCUUGGUGAGACGAAAAUCGUUUUUACGACCGGAAGUGAUGAUUUGAAGGUUGGCAGUGAGCCGGUCAAUGUGCAGGUAUUCCCACCUCUUCGCCUUUAUCCACGCAAUUCCACGCUGGUGGUUGGUUCUAGUCUACAGAUUUACUAUCACGGUGGUCCACAACCGGAUGUAAACAUUGUCUAUUAUGUGCAUGACAGAAAAGUUAUUUCAAUGGAGUCGGCCAUUGUUACGGCGCAUAAGCUGGGCACAACCAAAAUCACCGGUAAAUGUAUUAUGACAAAUCCCGGAAAUGGCAAAGAAGUGGUCAUAUCCGCUGACACAGUGGAAGUGCAUGUCGUGCCGUUUGUGAAUAUACAAGUGAAGACACCGUUAGUGCGCAUACGUAGCGGUGCAGUGAUGCCGGCCGCUGUGUGGGGUGUGCCUGAUCUCUCGCCCAUGGUGUUGGGUACAUUGGAGAAUAUGCGUGUGACUUGGUCAACAAAUCAACCGGAUGUGGUGGACAUUUACAAUGUAUUUGCGGAUUCAGGUGUUGAAUAUGAUACCACCGAUCUCAUCUCAGUGCGUGUUAAAGCCUUAAAUCCCGGUAAGGUUAAAAUUCAAGCCACAGUCGAGUUGUCAACCGGUCAGAAAAUAACAAAUUCAGUGGAAGUCGUUGUCUUCAAAAUAUUGGAGCUUGAGUCGCCCAAACACAUAACAAUGGACUGGAUUUUGAUAGCGCCGCGCAGCACGCUACAACUCAAGGCUAAUUUGGAUGACGUCAUAUAUAAACUGGACAGCGAUAGCACUGGCAUUGUUAAGGUGUCCACCGAUGGUGUUGUGCGCACACAGGAUACGCUGGGACGAGAUUUGAUUAUCGCCAAAACCUUUGAACAAACGCUCCCCAUUGGCAUUGAGGUCAAGAAUAUACAAUACAUUUUGGCUUCGCUGGCCUAUCCCACAUCGCGCUUGAAGCAAAGCGAGGGAAAAAUACCACGUGGCAUGAAUUUCGUGUUGAAAAUUUCGCUGCACGACAAUUUGGGCAAUGAAUUCUCGCACAAUAUUGAGGAUGUCAACGGCUUGAAGUAUGACUUGUCGCGCAAGGAUAUUGUGGACGUACAAAUCGGCAGUAAUCUCACAAUUGCGAUAAAUCUGCCGCGUGAAACAAACAACAUGAUUGCCAUCAGCUUAAGGGAUACGACUGGAGUUAAACAUGCUGAGGAUUACAUCAAGCUGUCAGUGGCAGAAUCGAAGAACACGUUCCCAACUAAGACGAUUUUCUCUGUGGGCGACAUCAUUUGCUUCGAUUCACCGCUAACAUUGUCAUCGGUUUGGAGCAGUUCGGAUGAGCAAAUUAUUGCAAUUGACAAAUUCACAGGAGUGGCACGUGUGCUGGGCAAUCGCUUGAAAUUGGGCGAGAAAAUCGUCGUCACCAACGGCGAUAAGGCCAGUGGCAGUGCCAUAAAAUAUGAUGUCGAAGUUCGUGAUGCGGAUGUGAUUCAAUUAUUGAAAUCAUUCGAUAUAUUUAGCGGUUCAACGUAUCGAGGACAUUUGGUUGUGCGCAAUCAUUUGCAAGUGGAUAAGUUUACCAACUUGCUCGCCAGAAAUAUUUCGAAAUGUUCGAGUACCCUUGAACGCAUGUCGGCGGUUAAACUGUUUACGUGCCGCCUCGCAUCCAAACAGUCCUUGGGCCAAAAGCUACUCGAGCAUUAUGCGGUAGCGCCCAUAUUCGAGGCCGACACCGGACGCUAUGCGUGUCAGAUUGAAUUGUCGUCGAAUUUCAAUGAUGUACUCAGCAUUGUGAAGACUAAUGAUGUCCACUUCGAUUUGGAGGCUCAGCUGUCGAACGGUUUAUCGGAUGUUAUGUCAUUGAAAUUUGUACCCGGUGUGCGUGUUACACCGGAAACACUGCAGGCCACUGAGUUGAAAGAACAAGAUUUAACAAUCACUGGACUGGAUAAAGUGUUGCAGAAGGUGGAGGUGACAGCGUCGGAUGCAAAAUAUUUGCAAGUCAUACAACAACUGAAAGCGCACGGCUCCUUGCAGUACAAGGUGAAGAUACUGCACGAACUGCCAACGGAUGAGCAAUUAUUUAUCCGUGUCCAUUCACCAACAACACUACAAGACAUUGAGAUACCCAUACUCGGCGCCAACACGCUGCUGCAAACUUGCUCCGCACAACCGUUUAGCAAUUCAUCAUCGUUCUUCGUGAAGGUUGUAUCGAAUAUUGGGCUCAUCGUCACAGCGCUGGUCGCGCUGGGAUUCACUGUUUGGUUAUACGUUUUCCUGAGUCCACAGCAGAGCACAACGGAAAUCAACGCUGACGUUUUCUCCACAUCCAUGAAGAAUAAGUCGCGCAAUGCGAGCACACCGACGACACCAGCUUCGCAAGGCAGUCCAACGACUCAAGUGUAUCCCAAUCUGUCGCCUUUUUAUGGUCAACGCCGAAGCCCCAAUAGUUCAAAUGGUUUAUCGUCUGGAAUUGAUACACAAGUUUAUGGCGAUUCGAUAUUGAUGUCACCGCAACAGCGUGUAAAUCGCCGUUAUUUAUAAGCACAACGCACUUAAUUUAUGUUUUUCCUUUGUUAUAUUACGUAUUCUCGUUUUGUGUCCUCAUUGUACUGAUAUUAUUUUUUACUAACAGUUUUUUGUUUUCGUUUUUUAUUUUUUAAUUGAGGUUAUAUUUUUAGUUUCAUGACAGUGAAGUGUUUUUUUUAAUUGAAAGAUGGAACAACAGUUCAAGUCUAAGAAGAAAAAAUAUUUUUUUGUUUAAAUUCUAUAUUUUUUUUAUAUAUUUUACGUUUUUUUAUAACCUUACAUAAAAUAACUAAUUCGCAACUUCCGUUUGAAGCAGCUUUACCUAUAUUUAAUAACAAGCUAUAUAGUUUAUUUUUUUGUGACUAAAAAUGUUUUUCUUUUCUUUUUAAUAUGAAUAUUGAAAAAGUUCAUUUUAAGAUAUUCAUGCAACAUUGUUUGAUGUUCCAAGUGUGUAGUUUUUGUACUAUUAAUAAACAAUUGACAAAAAAAUUAUAAUUUUUGUUUCAAAAUUUUGAAUUAGUAAAAAACAACUUUUGUAAGCUAAAGGGUGAUUUUUUAAGAGCUAGAUAACUUUUUUUAAAAAAAAAACGCAUAAAAUUCUCAUCGGUUCUUUAUUUGAAACGUUAGAUUGGUUCAUGACAUUUACUUUUUGAAGAUAAUUUCAUUUAAAUGUUGACCGCGGCUGCGUCUUAGGUGGUCCAUUCGGAAAGUCCAAUUUUGGGCAACUUUUUCGAGCAUUUCGGCCGGAAUAGCCCGAAUUUCUUCGGAAAUGUUGUCUUCCAAAGCUGGAAUAGUUGCUGGCUUAUUUCUGUAGACUUUAGACUUGACGUAGCCCCACAAAAAAUAGUCUAAAGGCGUUAAAUCGCAUGAUCUUGGUGGCCAACUUACGGGUCCAUUUCUUGAGAUGAAUUGUUCUCCGAAGUUUUCCCUCAAAAUGGCCAUAGAAUCGCGAGCUGUGUGGCAUGUAGCGCCAUCUUGUUGAAACCACAUGUCAACCAAGUUCAGUUCUUCCAUUUUUGGCAACAAAAAGUUUGUUAGCAUCGAACGAUAGCGAUCGCCAUUCACCGUAACGUUGCGUCCAACAGCAUCUUUGAAAAAAUACGGUCCAAUGAUUCCACCAGCGUACAAACCACACCAAACAGUGCAUUUUUCGGGAUGCAUGGGCAGUUCUUGAACGGCUUCUGGUUGCUCUUCACCCCAAAUGCGGCAAUUUUGCUUAUUUACGUAGCCAUUCAACCAGAAAUGAGCCUCAUCGCUGAACAAAGUAAAGCGCGAAACACAUUUCGAACCGAACACUGAUUUUGGUAAUAAAAUUCAAUGAUUUGCAAGCGUUGCUCGUUAGUAAGUCUAUUCAUGAUGAAAUGUCAAAGCAUACUGAGCAUCUUUCUCUUUGACACCAUGUCUGAAAUCCCACGUGAUCUGUCAAAUACUAAUGCAUGAAAAUCCUAACCUCAAAAAAAUCACCCGUUACAAGAAAAGCUCACAUAACCUUUAAAAUUUUAAAGUUUUUUGCAAUAAAGAGCUGUAAAAAUAAUGACAAAAAUUUAAUUUUACUUUUUAUAAAUUAAUGAAAGAGUUGUUUUCUUAUAAAUAUUCGAUUAAUAAACAUUAAAAAGGGAAAGAAUUAAAAAUUUCUUAUAAAUUAAUAAAUUAAAGAAACUGAAUAUUAGCACAUGCAGCAACUUAAAAUAUUGUUUCAGUUAAGGUGUUGAAAUAAUAUGAUUUUUUUACCAAUAAGUGAGGUUAAUUUCGAAAAUAAAUUAGUCAUCAUUUAGUUUAUUUUGCAUUUAGCUAUAAUAAUAAUAAUAAUAAUUUACAUAUAAUUAUUGUUGUUGCUAUUAAUAUUCAUUAUUAAGUGAUGUAGUUUCAAGUGAGUUUAGUUUAGUUAAAAGAAAAGUACCUCCCUAAUGUUAUAAAAAUCAGCCAAUUCUGUUUGGUAUGUGUUAAAAAGACUCUUAGAACUCGUGCUAAGUGAAAAUGAACGCGCUCAAAAUAUACAAUUUAAAUUUAAGGAUAAACCCAAUGCAAACCAU